AUGUCAGCACUGCGUCAAAGAUUUUGGCCAAUUCGACUUCGCAAUCUUGCUCGAAAUGUAGUGCAUCAAUGCAUCACUUGCUUUCGAUGCAAACCCACCGUAUCAGACCAACUUAUGGCAGAUCUUCCGCCAGCUCGUGUGUCUCCUACACUUCCAUUCCUGAAUGCAGGUGUGGAUUUCUGUCGCCCCUUCCAUUUGAAGCCACCUCAUCGAAAGGCUGCCCCACAAAAAUGCUAUGUAGCAGUAUUCGUCUGCAUGUCAACGAAGGCCGUACAUUUAGAGCUCGUUAGCGAUCUUUCGGCUGAUUCGUUUCUCGCAUCACUAAAACGAUUUACGGCAAGGCGAGGGAUUCCAAAAUCCAUUUUCAGCGACAACGCCACCAACUUUGUCGGUACUCAUCGCAUUUUGAACGAAUUUGCCCAACUGUUCCGUUCACAACAAACUCGAGAGCAUGUAGCCAACCUGUGCUCGAAUCAGGGCAUUCAGUUCCAGUUCAUACCACCAAGAUCACCUCAUUUCGGAGGACUGUGGGAGGCUGCUGUAAAGUCUCUCAAAACCCAUCUCUACCGAACCCUCAAGACUGCACUCGUAACAACCGAGCAAAUGCUGACGCUUCUGAGUCAAGUGGAAGCAUGUUUACACUCCAGACCGUUGACGCCUAUGAGUAAUCAUCCCGAUGAUAUGGACGUUUUGACGCCUGGCCACUUUUUGGUACACCGCCCUCUAACAGCCAUCCCGGAACCAUCAUAUGAGGAAAUACCAGCUAAUCGAUUGUCACAGUGGCAAACCAUUCAAGAAUAUCUGCGUCGCCUGUGGAAACGUUGGUCCACCGAAUAUCUCUCUGGUCUUCAACAGAGAACGCGGUGGACCCAUGAACGAGAUAAUAUCCGAAUUGGAACGAUGGUGUUACUGCGAGAAGACAAUUUGCCACCCAUGAAGUGGAGAUUCGGUCGCGUGCUAGAAGUUUUUCCUGGAAGGGACGGCCACAUUAGAGUCAUCAAAAUUCAGACCAAGGACGGCUUGGUAACGAGAUCCGACCUAUCAACCCACAACCGUUGGUCGAGGAACACCGAUGCAGAAGGACAUUUCGAUCAGUGGGCCCCGAGACGACCUGUACCGCAUCCGAUACAACCGGCGAAGAAAACCGAGAACGCAUACCUCAACUCAGGCAGAAACCGACAAUUAUUCCUAUUCUACUGA